UAACAUUUUAACCAAUAGCAAGUGUCUAUUGCAAGCCAAAUUGCAAAGUGUGUACGGAUCUUUUCUCUAUCUUUCUCUACCUACUCUAUGGAUACUGAACGCAAAGGUGCAUCACUAGCUAGAGAGCGAUGUUUUGUUUGAUUGAAGAUUUUGGUGAUUUUCUCUUUGCGUCGCGUUUAUGAAGGAAAAAAUGAUUCACUGGUGUGGAUAAAUCAAAAUUGUUACCUAGGUAUAUAUAUUUAAUUCACACGUUUAUUUUGGCACAACAUGGAUUCUUCAAGAAGAAACAACUCUGACGAACAGCGGUGUAUACUUGGUUUACAAGAUUUGAAAUUAUCAAACAAAGAUGAGGAUGGAACUGAGCAAGCGCACGGAGGUGGGACAACCAAUACGAAUUCUCUCGGCAAACCCCGACCCGUCGGCGCGAUAGAGAGUUUUGUUUUAGAUAAUUCACAGAACAAUCGACAGGAUUAUAGCUUUUACGAGAGGUCAAAUGUUAUCGCUGCUUCUAAAUUUGCUACUCCUAAACGCGUAGAGACGAUUGCAUCUCUCAGCAAACGUGAUAUAAACACUGCGGCAUUACCCUCAAGUCCAACGCGCUCAAUUGAUUCUAUAUCUCAAAGGUCGCUUAGUUAUCAAACCGAGGAUUUGUACGAAAUUCCGGCGAACCCCAACUCUCAAUAUCAGCCUCCAGUAUAUGAAAACAUAGACUACUACGGCGAACAGCGCUCCCCCCCGGCGCCUUUCUACCACCAGCUGUACCAGCAGGGCACUCCUGCCGUCGCCGACGGAUAUUACGAUACACGUUACAGCAAAGCUCAGCCACAAGUACCUGUUACAUCUAAAGUGAAGUUAAAUCCAACAGUUUAUGAAAAUAUGCUUUGUAAUGACAAUAGUGAAAAGAAAGGUGAAUAUAAAAUUGCUCAAAGCCAUGAUCAACGAUACAUACAACAAGGGUCCAUUCCUGGGCCACAGGUUCCAAUCACUAGUGUAAAUAGAAGUGUGCCACAAGUUAUUGGUGAUAAGAGCAAACCAGAUAAGGUUCCUCCCCCACCACCCUACACGGCAGUACAAGAUAACCCAAGCAGUGAUUACACUGUUAUGAAGUCUGCUCCACCUAAAUACACAGAUGUGAGUGCUCUUCUAAAAAGUAAUGCAAGUAUUAAUUUUGAUGAUAAAGUUGUAACUAUUCCUUCAACAGCAAUAUAUGCAUCUAUAGCCCCCAGUGCUCAGAGACCGAAAGCUAACAUAGCCACUGAGGUGCAAACAGUAACAGCUAGUCCAAAAUUCUUUCAUCCUAAACCUAGUGUUGCUAAUAGUAUUGGAAAAGAAAAAUCUCCGAUGAGUAAUGGUGGAGGAUACAAUUCAAAACCAUCUGGUGUCAAUAGGAUGCAGAUUGUGGAUGAUACAAAUGGCUCUGAUUAUGUUUGUAUGACAGGGGGAGCUGCACCAUCUGUGCUAGCAGCAACCAGCAGAGAUAAUGUUUCAAUAGCCACAGAGUCAAUUGGUUCUUGGAACCUGGUGUCUGGGAUGACAUCUCUGUGUUCACCAGCACAGUCUCCAGCGCCUAGUCCCACUCCAAGCUCUGUGUCCCAACUCUCUGGAGGUUCAAGGGGUUCAGGAGGCCGAGGUAAAAGUCUGCUGCCAUACAGUAUCACACCACCCCGGCCACCAGGGCCCAGUGAAGCACAGAGAAAAAUAGAGGAGCUCACACGACAGCUGGAAGAAGAAAUGGAAAGACAAGAUGAGGAGGGAGAGUACUUCGGUAUUUGCCAUACUUGUGGGGCAGGGGUGACGGGCGCGGGGCAGGCGUGCCAAGCAAUGGGUAACCUGUACCACACAAACUGCUUUAUCUGUUGCUCCUGCGGCAGAGCCCUGCGAGGCAAGGCCUUCUACAAUGUGCACGGCAAGGUUUACUGUGAGGAGGACUACCUGUACUCAGGAUUCCAACAAACUGCUGAAAAAUGUGCUAUCUGUGGACAUCUCAUCAUGGAAAUGAUAUUACAAGCCAUGGGGAAGUCGUAUCAUCCGGGCUGUUUCCGGUGCUGCGUGUGUAACGAGUGUCUGGACGGAGUGCCGUUCACGGUGGACAUGGACAACAAGAUCUACUGCGUCAAUGACUACCACCGGAUGUUCGCCCCCAAGUGCGCUAGCUGUGGAAAAGGUAUAACGCCAGUGGAAGGCACCGACGAGACGGUGCGCGUGGUGUCGAUGGACCGGGACUUCCACGUGGACUGCUACAUGUGCUGCGUGUGCGGCAUGCAGCUCACCGACGAGCCGGACAAGAGAUGCUAUCCUCUGGCAGGUCGGCUGAUGUGCCGCGCGUGCCACCUCGCCACCAUCGGCGCGGCCGGGCCGGGCCAGCCCGCCGCGCCACAUCUCUCGCCCGCCUCCUACCAGUAUAUGGGCUAGGGACCACACUAGACGCCCUACUGCUCUUUAUUGCUCCUUCGUCCUCCGUUUUGACGUCCGUCAAGGGAUCAACCCUGGAUUGUAUGCACUUUCGACGUAUGUCGACGCACGUCAAUGUCAAAACCUAUAGAGCACAACGGAGCAAUGAAAUCAGGCAUUAACUAGGGGAAAGCCACCCUCUGUGCCGUUUUAGUUUUGUGAAAAGUGUGUGAUAAAAUAUAAAAUUUUGACGGUCAGUGUCCAUGAGACUAGCGAACUGGAAGACCCUGGCCUAGACGCUGCACUUUGGUAGCUACACUCUCCAUAUAAGACAAGGCAAUUAAUCAGGUAAUUAUAAUUUAAGUAGUAUGCUGUAUUGUAUAUUGUAUGUGAUUCAUUAACUAUAUUUUUUGCCAGGUUAUAAUUUUUCCAAAAAAGCAACUUCCUAAAUGUGUAAGAACCCCAUUUUAAAUAUGUACAAUGAACUGUCAUUUUAACAUGAUUAUGUCGUGAUCUCUAAUUAUUAUAAAUCUUAGUAAAGUAGUUGCAUGAAAUUAUUUAAUGUCAUAGUAUAAUACAGAAUAUGUUUGUACAACUAGACAAAAUAAAAACAUUUUUAAGCUUUUAUAUAAUAUUUGCAUUUUGUAACUCUUAUACGCGUGCACCACGCCACUACAUUGCUCUCUGUAUAACAACUGACAAAAAAUUGGACUUUGUGAGAUUGAUAACAGUAUCUGAUUGUGUUUAAUUCCUUGUGACUUAUACAUGUUUACUGGAAGUAUUAUAUAAUCUGUACAUGUUAUACCAUAUGCAUUAGCGAUUUUUUAAUACAUUUAAGGCAUGGAAGUCAUGUAUUAUAUGUUAGUACUUAUAUAUUAUGUCUAUGAUAUAAGCUAAAAGUAUGCAUAAUGACUGCAUGUCAUAAUAUAGUUCUAGUUUGUAUGUGUGGUUCUUUAAGUACACUAGUGAAUGUCAGUGGGUAUCACUGUUAGCUCAUUGUUAUAUAUAUAUCUAUAUACAUAGAAUAGAAACAUAGAAGCAAAUAUAGCAACAUCCAAUUUUUUAUGGAAUUGCUAUGGAUAUGCUGAAUUGAUAUUGUUGCUGUAAUUGAUUCAAAUGUUAACUCUAUAUUUUGUUUAGCAAAUUAGACACUAUGUGCAUUAUGUAAUCUCAAGUUAACAGCUCUUGGAAUGAAUUAUAGUAGAAAUUAGCUACAACCAACAAUUUUUUAUCAAAUGAUCCUGAAAUUCUGUGGUUACAAUAUUACUAUAUCUAGUAAAUAUGCUAUGUAAUUUUAGGGUAGAUUAUUAUAAUUAAAUCGCUGAGGUCAGCAUUGUUAUUUCCCUGAGAUGUUAUGUGAUAUUUGUUAGGUUUAUUCUUACUGAACAAGUUAAUUUUUGAUGGAAUUGAUAAAAUUUGUAUCGCAAUUUCACACUAGAGGUUUGCAGUGGAGAUAUCGCACCAUAUUUUAGAGUUCCACACGAUAGUCUGUUUAAUUGCCGUAAUUGUAAGUUUUAAAAUUUUUUUUCAGCUAGUUACUUGAUAUUCAAGUUGCUAUACAUGGCUUCGCUCAAUUAAUAUAAAUGGCAACCAACCCCAAUGUGAUUGUUCAGUGUUACAGUACAAAAAUAAGACAAAUGUUAUGUGUUGUUCAAUAAAAUACUAUUGAAGUAUCAUUAAGGUUUUAUAUGCAUUUACUAUUUCAUUAAACACUGCAUAUGACAGCACACCUGAUGCAGGUAGUGUGAUGAUUUUACGAGAUUUAUUUAUUAUAAUAGUCACAAAUUGGUAAUAAGAAUGGCGCAACAUUAAACAUUCCAGUUAUGUGCUGUCCUGUUGUGUACUUAAUGUUAAGAUUAGGCUGUUUUUAUAUUUGUACAUUUUGAUUAUGAACAUAUGAUUAUGCUUUAUAUAACAAAAAACAAAUUUGUUAAGAAUAGUUACAUGCUACUUUCUUUUAUAUUUAAAUAUUUUUAAACAAUAAACUAUUUCAAAAUUU